AUGCUUACAGGCACCAGCGCUCUGGCUCAGGGCAAUCUGCCCCUGAAAGAGAUGCCCGGUCACGCCGACAGGGACUACUGGGUGCCGGGUGAAGUCAAUGCCGAAGGAAAACUUGAAGCCCUGCAGGCUGUUGUGGGUGGGGAAGGCGUGGCGUUCUCCGGAACCCAGGACAAGCCGGUUGAGAUCGCCCUGAUCUAUCCGUCCGCCGAUACAUCGGACUUCUGGGCCCGCAACUAUCUUGCGAUGACAAAACGCCUCGACGAACUCGGUAUCAAGUACAAUACCACCGAGUUUGCCAGCCGUCAGAUCGAGCACUCGCUGCAAUCAACCUACGCCAACCAGGUGCUGCAGGAUGGUGACAUCUACGACUAUGUGAUCUUCGGACCUUCGGAGCUUGCCAUCCAGGCGGACAAUAUCGACAAGCUGGCAGGCAAUGAUGACUUCACGACCUAUGUCUGGGCCUUUCAUACGCCGCUCAAGGAUCUGAAGAACCAGCCUGAUGUCUGGUUCGACUUCUCGUCGGCUGCCGGUGCGCUUGUGAUGUGCGACUACAUGCUGGAGCGUCUUGGAAAUGGCAUCACGAUGGCGAUGAACCGCGGUAUCCCGGGCAUUACCGACAACCAGCGUUCGGGUGACUUCAAGGACUGCGUCAUGGAAAAGGGCGACUGGAAAGUCGCCUAUGAGCACUAUGGCGAAUACCAGCGUGAAGGUGGCUAUGAGGGUACCAGCCUGAUCCUGCAGGCUUAUCCGGAAGCAACGAUCAUCCACAAUGCCAACACGGCCAUGGCCAUGGGCAGUGUUGAGGCACAGGUUGCAGUCGGAAAGGAAAAGGAAGUCUUUUCGACUGGCUGGGGCGGUACCGGACUGGAGCUGGACGCCAUUCGCCGCGGCGAACUGGACGCAACGCCAAUGCGCAUGGGUGAUGACGUUGGUGCUGCCACCGCAGAGGCCAUCAAGGCGGAUCUGGAAAACAGGGCUGAUGAAUUGCCUCUCGUCUUCCUGGGUCGUAUCACAGUCGCUCAUGACCAGAUGAGCGCGGAAGAACUUGAUGCACUUCAGACCGAAGCCUUCCGUUUCUCGGGUGUUGGUGCGCUCGAAAGAUAG